UCUGAGAUAGAAAUUGUGGGCUAGGAGGCCUGAGGAGGGAGAGAGCCAGCGCAGACGAGCCAGACACCCUACCUAUCGUCUACCUGAGUACUUUGGGAAAAGGCUGGCAGUCAACAGGGCCGGGAGCCACCUACCUCUGGGCCCGCACCUGCCUGCCCCUCCUUGCUCUUCAGUGCCUGCCAAGAAGGGAAAUUGAGAGUCGAGAACCAGAGAGUGAGAGAAGUAAUGGAGCCAGACAAGACUCAGAUAAAGCUUGACCCCAGGUACACGGCAGACCUUGUGGAAGUACUGAAAACCAAUUACAACAUCCCCUCUGCCUGCUUCUCUCUCCCUCCCACUGCAGCCCAACUUCUGAGAGCACUGGGCCCUGUGGAAAUUGCCCUCACGGUCAUCAUGACCUUGCUUGCUCUGGGUUCAAUUGCCAUCUUCCUGGAGGAUGCCCUCUACCUGUACAAGAACACCCGUUGCCCCGUCAAGAGGAGGACUCUGCUCUGGAUCAGCUCUGCACCCACGGUGGUGUCUGUGUUCUGCUGCUUCGGUCUCUGGAUCCCUCGUUCCCUCAUGAUUGUGGAAAUGGCCAUAACCUCGUUUUAUGCGGUGUGCUUUUACCUGCUGAUGCAGGUCAUAGUGGAAGGCUUCGGAGGGAAGGAGGCGGUAGUGAGGACACUGAAGGACACCCCGAUGAUGAUCCACACAGGCCCCUGCUGCUGCUGCUGCCCCUGUUGCCCCAAACUCAUGCUCACCAGGAAAAAGCUUCAGCUACUGAUGUUGGGGCCAUUCCAGUAUGCCUUCUUCAAGAUAACACUGGGCCUGGUGGGCCUGUUUCUCAUCCCUGAUGGCAUCUAUGACCCAGCAGAUAUUUCUGAGGAGAGCACAGCUCUAUGGAUCAACACUUUCCUUGGCGUGUCCACCCUGUUGGCCCUCUGGACCCUGGCUAUCCUUUUCCGUCAAGCCAGGCUGCACCUGGGCGAGCAGAACAUAGGAGCCAAAUUUGCUCUGUUCCAGGUGCUGCUCAUCCUGACUGCCCUGCAGCCAUCCAUCUUCUCAGUCUUGGCCAAUGGCGGGCAGAUUGCUUGUUCACCUCCCUUUUCCUCUAAAAUCAGGUCUCAAGUGAUGAAUUGCCACCUCCUUGUACUGGAGACUUUUCUGAUAACUGUGCUGACACGAAUAUACUACAGAAGGAAAGACGACAAGGUUGGAUAUGAACCUUUCCCUUCUCCAGACCUGGAUUUGGACAUCAAAGCCUGAGGUGAAUGGCUUGGACUAUGAAAGAGACACUGUACUCAUGAGAUGGGCACAAGAUUUCUUUGCUGUCCCUCAACAUUGCCCAAAUGGGAAAGAUUCCAUUGUCAGCACAAACUGGCAAAUUACAUUUGACUAUAGAGAUGAAGGUAAAUUAUGCAAUAGGAUGAAAUUGUUUUGGAUUUUGCCUGGGAAAGGUAACUUAAGAUUUAUAAUAGACAAACAGGAUGGAGUAUGAAACUGUAUAACUGGGCACAUUACCUCUGUGGGUGCCACUAUCAGCCCUUAAAGCUUGUAUAUUGAAAGGUCACUUUGAGUUUUCUCAAAGCAAAUAAAAGGGUGGAGAGUA